AUGCUGGCGCCGCCGAGUGCCGCGCCCCUGGCGCGUGCCUCUGGACGGAAUGUCACAGGACGUGCCACGAGGCCACGUGCGCCCGUGCGCGCGGUGGGUUUCGCCCACGGAUUCGGCGCGGCACGCGCCCAGAGGGAGGCGGUAGGGACGCGCGCCGCUCUGAAGCGGAGGAGGCUCGACCGGGCCGUGGCCGCCGCGGCGGACAGGGACGUCUCGCUGCGUGCGUCGACGACGGACGACACAGCGGCGGGCCCUGUGUCGUACACGGGCGUGGCCCGGGGCUCACCGGAGCCUCUGGGGCCGUCAAAGACGACCGACGGCGUGAACUUCGCGAUUUACUCGCGCCACGCGACGCACCUGAAGCUGUGCCUGUACGACGACGAAGGGAACGGCCCGGUCGAGCUCGACAUGCCGCGUGACGGGCACCGGACGGACGACGUCUGGCACAUUGAGGUGCAGGGGCUCGCGGACAGCGGCGUGGCCUACGCGUUCAGGGUGUACGGUGACGGGGGCUGGGAGACGGUCUUCCGUUGGGACCCGAAGACGCCUGUCCUGGACCCCUACGCGCCCCUCGUGUGGAGCCGCGCCGAGUUCGGGAAGCGCGACAAGCGCGAGGCCUUCAAGGAGGGCGUCGGCUCGGUGUUCCGCGGGACGUACGACUUUGCUGAGGAGCCUUUCGACUGGGGCGCGGACUACAAGCGUCCGAACGUCGCGUGGCGGGACCUGAUCAUCUAUGAGAUGCCUGUGCGCUCCUUCACCGCCAGCGCCACGUCAGGCCUCCCCGAGGGCGAGCGCGGCACCUUCACGGGCCUGGCCAAGAAGGUCGACCACCUCAAGGAGCUCGGGAUCACGGCGGUGGAGCUGCUCCCGGUGUUCGAGUACGACGAGCUGGAGUUCCAGCGCGAGCCCAACCCCCGCAGCCACAUGACCAACAUCUGGGGCUACUCCCACAUCUCCUUCAUGGCGCCCAUGUCGCGGUUCGCGGCGAACGGGGGCGGCGCCGCGGCGGCGCGGCGCGAGUUCAAGGAGAUGGUCAAGACGCUGCACGCGAACGGGAUCGAGGUCAUUCUGGACGUGGUGUACAACCACACCGCGGAGCUGGACGACGAGAACUUCUACCAGCUGUCGUUCCGCGGCAUCGACUGCCCCGUGUACUACAUGAUGGACGCGGAGGCGUACACGAAGCUGCUGAACUUCUCCGGCUGCGGCAACACCGUCAGCGCCAACCACCCCGUGGUCCAGGAGCUCAUCCUGGCCUCCCUGCGUCAGUGGGUGGAGGAGUACCACGUCGACGGGUUCCGGUUCGACCUCGCGUCUUGCCUCUGCCGGGACCCGAAGGGCCACCCGCUGCCCGCGCCCCCCGUCAUCCGCGCGAUCGCGAAGGACCCGGUGCUCUCGAAGGUCAAGCUCAUCGCGGAGCCGUGGGACAUUGGCAUGUACCAGGUGGGGAGCUUCCCGAACUGGGACGUGUGGGCGGAGUGGAACGGCAAGUACCGCGACGACAUGCGCAAGUUCUUCCGCGGGGACCCGGGCUUGAAGUCCGCGCUGGCGACGCGGCUCGCCGGCAGCACGGACCUGUUCCAGACCAACAACCGCAAGCCCUACCACGGGGUCAACUUCAUGGUGGCGCACGACGGGUUCAGCCUGUACGACCUGGUCGCGUACAACGGCAAGCACAACGAGGCGAACGGCGAGGGCGGGAACGACGGCACGAACGACAACUUCUCGUGGAAUUGCGGGCACGAGGGCGCCACGGGCGACGAGGGGAUCGAGCGGCUCCGGAGACGGCAGAUGAAGAACUUCAUGGUCGCGCUCAUGAUCUCCGUCGGCACGCCGAUGAUCGUGAUGGGCGACGAGUACCGCAUGACGCACCACGGGAACAACAACUGGUACGGCCACGACACCGAGUGGACGCAGUUCGACUGGGACGCCCUGGAGCGCGCGCGCGACGACGGCUUCCUCAGGUUCUACCAGGAGGUGAUCAAGUUCCGCCGGGAGCACCACAUCCUCGGCCGCGACGACUUCCCGAGCCACGGAGACAUCACCUGGCACGAGGACAAUUGGGAAAACCCCGACUCCAAGUUCCUGGCCAUGUCCUUCCACGGCGGGGGCCCGGGCGACCUGUACGCGGCGUUCAAUGCGCACUCGCGGCCGUGCGCGGCGCACCUCCCGCCCCCGCCCCAGGGCACGCGCUGGUGCCGUGUCAUCGACACCAACCUGCCGUCGCCCAAGGAUUACACCCCCGGGGGCAACAAGGGCGUCGAGCCGGUCUACACGGUCGAGGGCCGCUCCGCCAUCGUGCUCAUCGCCAAGGCGAACGACGCGGAGUGA